UUUGCUUUCAGAUAGCAAACGAUACAAAUAUUUCAUAAAUGUGUUCUAAAGUUGAAAAUAAAAUAAAUUUUAUAUAAAAAAAAAACAUAUUUAAAUACGAAUAUACUCGUAUGUAAAAAAUAAUUUGUAUUGACCUAAUAAAAAGUUUGAUAGCUACAUCAAUUUUAAAAUGUCUCAAACAAAGUGUAAUACAAGUACGUUGCCAAUGAAGUUAAGUUUCUUCUUUUAUUUAGGAGGUAUGGCGCCAUUGGUAAUAUUUAUACCAACAAUAGCAAGGCAAUUGGGAUACUCGAUGGCAACAUACGGCACAGCGAUGACAUGUGCAACAUUAAUUUCUAUGAUAGGCUCGCCCAUCAUUGGCCGUAUCGUGGAUAAAUAUCCAGUUAAAAAACUGUUUUUCUUAACUGCUGCAUUAGCGUGUGGUAUAUGCGGAUUUUUAAUAAUGUUUGUUCCUAAACUUCCGUAUGAAACUAAUUCAGAGUUAGUGUGUGGAAACGAAACUUAUUUAAAAGUGUUUUCAAAAACCAAUGAACAGUCCAGUUGCGAAGACAAUACAUUUUUGAAUCCAAAAACUGAUGAAGUAAUUCAUUGUAAGCUAAAUUGUCAAAAAAACCCUUUCGAAGGAUGCAAUAACUGUACUCGGGAGAAAGACACUAUUGACUAUUUAAGCAUUACCACAGAAGACAAUCGUCUGAUUGACAUUUCAACUCAAGUGCACUUUUCGGAACACGUGGAAAAUAUUUAUAAAUUCCAAGUAUUAACUGCUCAAAUCGACGACAUCCCAAUAUCGUCAUUAUCAUGUCAAAACAGUGUAAAAACCAGUUGCCAAUUGAAUUGUUCGGAUAAUUUUGUGGCAGAAUUAGCUUCUAGUCCUGCGUUUGAGGGAAGCGUUUACAAACUGUAUCAAUUCUGGUGGUUAUUACAAUCUCUGAUAAUAUUGUUUUUUUUCUCACAAUCAACGGGCAUGUUGCAGAAUGCUAUUUGUCUGGACCUGUUGGGCGACAAGCAUGAAGAUUUCGGCAAGAAUAAGUGUUGGUCGUCUGUCGGUUGGGGAAUAAGCUCCAUCGCCAGUGGUUGGCUAGUAGACUACUUCAGUCCCGAUCCCAAGAAUAAAAACUACACGCCGGUUUUCGGUAUAAGUCUCUUGUCUGCUAUUUGUCAUUUUAUCGUGGCACAGAAAAUCAAAAUUGUUGAGACUACCGUGUCUAAAGAUUGGAAACCAAAAGUGCAACAUACGAUUUAUGGAUUAUUUAGAAAAGGCUAUGUGGUUAGCUUUUUCGUCUGGAUGGUAGUGAUGCAAUUUUUUCAUUCCAUAAUUAUUCAUUUUCUAUUUUGGUAUUUAGAUGAAAUGGUUGAUCACGAUUGUAGUAAACGGCAAUGGAUAAAAACGUUGCAAGGUAUCACCCAAGGCGUUCAAUGUUUUGGCGGGGAAUUGCCGUUUUACUUUUGGGCUGGUUGGAUUAUACAAAAAUUGGGAUACUUAAACUGUAUGGCAUUGUCAUUGGGAGUCAUGUCUGUCAGAAUGUUCUUGUAUUCGGUUAUUUCGAAUCCAGCGUGGGUAAUAUUAAUAGAAGUGUCGAAUGGAAUCUCAUACGCGUUGGCUGUGGCCACCAAAAUGUCCUAUGCUAAGCUCAUUUGUCCUCCCAACGAGCUCAACUCAUUAGUAGGGUUUGUCGGGUUUGUCAUUGUUGGCGGCGAUUCUCUCGGGAGUUUUAUUGGUGGAUUUGUUUACGAAGCUUAUGGUGGCGCAGGAAUGUUUAAAUAUUGUUCGUACGUGUCCGGAUUUAUGUGUCUUUUGCAAGUGCUAUGCAAUAUUUUUGGAGUGUCAAAAGAGUUAAAAAAUAAGGACUUCACUCCGGUUUCUACUCAAAACGCGAUUGACGCGAAAUUAUAAUACUUAGCUAUGCCGUUAAAUAGUUAAAAUUUUAAAAGAUAUUUUAUACAUUCAUAUGACUGAAAUGUAUUGUAUAGUGUAUAAAUUAUUUUUUUAUUUUUUUUAUUUUAUUUUCUAGAAUCAACUAGAAUCAAAUGUGUUUUAUUUUGUUGAACUUAAAAAUACCAAUAGGUAUUAACUUGUUUUAUACUAUUAUGUGCUUUUUUUCCUUGUCUUCAAAAAUUAUGGCAAUCGAUAGGUAUGCUGUAUCGUAUUGGUAAUUAUAAUUAAUGGCAAACUUUGUAAAAUUUCUUUUAAAAAGUAAUGCGUUCCCAUUCACAAUCCUUAUUUUCAAAAUGAAUGUAUUCACAUUCAUCAAAAAAUAAAAAGCAUUCCGAAAAAAAAAUAAUAGUUUUUAAUAUUAAUUCUUGUAUAGAGAAAUAGUAGCUGGACGUAACCUUCAAAAAUGUAUUUUUAAUAAUGAACCUUUAUAUAAAAUA